AUGUGCACAGGUGAUCCCUGCCUCCUCCUCCUCCUCCUCUUCCUCCUCCUCCUGAUCCCCAACCCUAACCCCAACCCCCAUCCUCUUCUCUGCUGGAAGGCAGAAUCCCUUCUGCUAGCAAUUCGAACUGAAAAUGUGCAACUUGUUUCGCGCUAUGUCAAGAGUGGGAAGGACUGCAACUUUUACACAGGGGUAUUUCCACCCCUAACAAUAGCAGCGGGCGAGGGGAGAGGAGAAAUGGUGAAACUUCUACUCCAAGGAAGGGCUGACGUGAACCAUGCUGUAUUGCCGUGCUGGUGGUUUGAGGUGCGGCAGAAUCUCUCGAUUCGCAUCCUCACCAGAUGCCAGGGGAACGUGGAGGUAGCUCGAGCCCUGCUGGAGGCCAAGCUCAAGCAGGCGGACGUGGAUGCUCGGACCCUCAAGGGAAACACUCCCCUGCUGUUCGCCGCCAACUCCGGACACCUUGAGUGCGCUAAGGUAGCGGGAAGAAAGGGAGGGAAGAUAGUCCUGAGGGACCUCGCAGCUGCUUCUAGCGCAUGGUGCUUGUGUUAA